AGGUUCACUUACCGUGGCGUCAUGCUGGACGUGGCUAGAAAUUUCCACAGUAAAGAGAGAGUCUACAAACUACUGGAUUCCAUGGCUAUGUACAAACUGAACAAAUUACAUCUGCACCUCUCUGACGACGAAGGCUGGAGAAUCGAGAUUCCGGGAUUAGAAGAACUCACAGAGGUUGGAGCCAAGCGCUGUCAUGACCCCCAAGAGCUAACAUGCAUCCUCCCUUUUCUUGGCUCGGGCCCUGCUCAAUCACCCCCUGGUUCUGGCUUCUACACAGUCGAAGAUUAUCGAGACAUCUUGCGCUACGCCACCGAUCGCCACAUCGAGGUCAUACCGGAAAUAGAUAUGCCAGGUCACGGCCACGCCGCUAUCAAGGCCAUGGAAGCAAGGCGCCAGCGUCUGCUAGCGCUCGGCAACGCCACGGCGGCGGAAGAAUACGUCUUGGUGGACAGGAGCGAUCCUUCACAGUACAAGUCUAUACAGAUGUACACCGACAACGCCAUCAACCCGUGCAUGGCUUCCACAUACGGGUUGAUUGCAAGAGUCUUGCAGACGCUUAUAGACCUUCACCGAGAUAUAAAUCCAUUAAAGACGUAUCAUUUUGGGGGAGACGAGGUGGCCAAGGGGGCUUGGGAGAAUUCCACGGAGUGCGCCAGUCUGUUCGAGUCUCCGUUUGGAGUUAUAGACCACAAAGACCUGAAGGAGAUGUUUGUUAGACAGGUUUCCAACAUAUCGGCGCAGUUCAACGUCGACCUGGCGGCGUGGGAGGAUGGCGUCAUGGAAUCGGGAAGCACGCCGUACGAAAGGAGCGAUUUAAAGAAUACAAACGUCUACGCGUAUGCGUGGGAUAACGUUUGGGAAUGGGGAGUUAGCGGACGAGCGUAUAAAUUGGCAAAUGCUGGUUAUAAGGUUGUGAUGGCCCAGGCCACACACCUCUACUUUGAUCACCCUUACGAGCCCGACCCCUUGGAGCGCGGCCUGUACUGGGCGCCAAGGUACACCGACACCAGGAAGACGUUUGGAUUCAUGCCCGAAAAUCUCUACGCAAACGCAGACGUUGCCAGGUCCGGGGAUCGACUUACGCGCGAGGACGUUUGUGGGGAUGACGACGAAGAUUGCGUUACUUUGGAGAAAAACGAAAAUAUCAUUGGAAUCCAAGGUCAUCUAUGGAGCGAGUUAGUAAGAAGUUUGGAGAUCGCGGAAUACAUGAUGUUUCCAAGACUCCUCGCUCUGGCAGAACGUGCAUGGCACGAGGCGCCAUGGGAAUCCGAGCGUGACAACGUCACGCGCAAAGACUCCAUUGACCGCGAUUGGCAGAGAUUCGCCAACACGCUGGGUUACAAAGAACUCCGACGGCUUGACAGGAAUAAGAUUGGUUAUCGUGUGCCGCCCCCUGGAGCAAUAAUACAAAACGGCCGAUUAAGAACUAACGUGGCAUUUCCCGGUUUGCGGAUUGAGUUUAGCGUCGAUCAAGGAGUCACGUGGUGCCAGGCAGCGCCCGACCAGGAACUACACCUUUCUAGAGCUUCUAGAAUACUGCUUAGGACCAGAUCUGCCGAUGGUGGUCGGACGAGUAGGGUCGUGACAGUACUAGCCCCGCCUUCUACUAGCACAGCACCUGUCACUCAAGUCUCUUUCUAUCUGAUGGUGGUUUUAAAUAUUAUUAAUUUAUAUUCUGUGAAUAUCAUUUGAUGUUUAUGUUUGUAAUUUAUGUCACCGUGUGUCUUGUAUUAAUCAAUGUAUUUAUUGUCAAUAUCUCGCCAAAAACUGUUACAGGUGUCCUUUGUAUUGUUUUAAUAACCAUCUUUAAAACAA